AUGUCUAUCCACGCUAUGUCCAACACCAGGUCCAACGCCAUGUCCAACGCCAUGUCCAGCGCCAUGUCCAACGCUAUGUCCAACAUGUUCUCGCGUAUUGAGAUCGACAGCGAAGGACAGGAUCCAAUCAUUCUUUCGCACGGCCGGCAAUUGACCUGGCCUAACGAUUCCUCUUACGCCAAUGCCAUGAGCAGCCCGCUGAUAUCUCCUGCACAACCAAUUCAAGCUCCGUUCCCGGAUGCCAUAUCUGUGCUCACGCUCACACCCAACGAGCUGUCUACCGGCGCCCCGAGACUGGUGGCGGAGUGGUGGAGGUGCUGCGAUUGUGACAAUAUGGUCAAUCCCAGUCUAGCAUCGGGAAAAUGUCCUAUUUGCUCGCAUGCUCAGUGUGGCUCUUGCAAAAAUGAGACUGUUCCCUAG